AUCCCCAGAGAAUUACUUCGCCACCAUACACAAAUACAAAACCUCAAUUUCUAAAUUCUUAAAAGAAAGAACAAUAACAAAAAAAAAACGAAAGAUAAAUUUAAUAAACACAACUCAUACAAAUGCGCUCAAAUCUGGACAAAGAAUUUAAUUCGAUAUGUGCAUAUGCCCAGAUGUACAUACGACAAUAAUCUACGGCAGUCGGGUCUCAACGCCACCAGUUUCAUAAUUCACUUUCUGAAAGUGGACUCGCAGUUUUAGUUUGAAUCUCCUACACUCAGCACCGUAUUUUUCGUGGAUAUUGUGCGGCGUUUAAAAACUUGCCGCAAACAAUUGUGGAUUUAAUUUUUGUCGCCACGUUUUCUUAGAGAAAGAAAAAAAACAUAAAAAGAAAUUAAUUUGUUAUUGUGAUAAGAACAACGAAAUCCCUCAACGAAAGAUGUUUACUUCCUGCCGUCACCGCGCCACCAUCACAGUCGCUCUGUUCGUGGUGGCAGCAAUUCAGCUGGCUGCCUGCACUGAGGACGGAAAUGCCUCAUGGAAUAUCAGCACAAUGGACCGUCUGCGUGUACAACUGUUUACGAACUAUGAUAAGAGCUCGCACCCCAUGGUUACACCCACGCAGCGGACGAACAUAACAUUGGGCAUAGCCGUCAACUACAUCGAUAUCGAUGAAUUGAAGGGCAGAAUGACGCUGCAUGGCUGGGUCAACAUGCGCUGGCGCGAUGGAGGAAGGACAUGGAAGCCGGAAUAUUUCGACAACAUAACCACCUUGCAUAUACGUUCCAAGGAGGUAUGGAAGCCGGACAUUACUCUGUUCAACAGCGCCGGCAGCGAGGGCGAUUAUGUUGGUGAUACACAGACUAUGCUCUCCUACGAUGGUAGCUUCAUGUGGGUGCCUCCCGUGGUUUAUACGGCCUACUGUAAUCUGAAUCUCAAAAUGUGGCCAUACGACCAGCAAACGUGCAAACUCAAAGUGGGCACAUGGACUUUGACAACAAUCGAUCCAAAAUUCCUUGACUUCAAGGAAAGCAUCGAUUACAAGGAUUUGAUUAAAUCCACCGAAUGGGACAUCAUCGACGCCAAGGCCACAUACAACAGUGAGGAAUUCUACAACUAUAUAGAGUACACGUUCCAACUUCAACGCUACUCUUCGAUGUACACAACGGUUAUUUUCACGCCAGCAUCCUGCAUUAUACUAAUGUGUCUAUCCAUAUUCUGGCUACCACCCCAAAUGGGAGAGAAAAUUUUGCUCAAUGCCGUUUUGAUUGUAAUUAUUGCUGCAUUCCUGAUGUACUUUGCCCAAAUGUUGCCCAUAUUGGCGGAAAAUACCCCACUAGUGGUACUCUUCUACAGCGCCAGUUUGUUGCUUUUGAGCAUAUCGACAAUCGUUUCGGUAACCGUCCUCUAUUUGUCCACAGCCAAACAUAAGCAACGUGUACCGGCAUUUUUGAGAAACCUUCUCAAUGGCGGCUUGGGUCGUGUUUUACUGCUAAGCGAGUUUUCCCUAGAAGCCGAACCGCAAACCCUGCUCAAUAAUGGCACCAAGGAGAUGGGCGAACACGUCUAUGACGAACCAAUUGAGACAACAAACGAAAAUACAAUGUUCAAUGCAUCGAAUCAAACACCGAGAUCAUUGCAAUUCGAUUGGAUCCUAUUGGCAACAGCCAUUGAUCGCAUCUUCUUCCUGGUGUACUGUUUCAUUUUCAUUAUUUUGGCCAUUGUCUAUUCGGUGUAGGAUGCAGGAUUGAAAUUUCACCAUUAGAAAACCAAAAAUAUGUCAUUUUUGUAUUGCAAAUUUAAUAUGUAAAUAAAAAAAUUGUACUGAUAUAUAAUAA